CGCGGGGCGCACCGGAGCCAGCGGAGCGGAGCGGAGCGGAGCGGGCGCCGCCGCCGCCGAGCCCCGCCGCCGCCGCCGCCGCCCUGCCCGCCGCCGGCCCCCCCCCCACCGGCACCAUUCCCGCCGCCGGGCGGCAACGCGCCCCGGCCGGGCGGCGGCUCAGCCUCGGCCGCAAAACUUUGCUGGCGGCCGCGGCCGGCGUGGUGAUGGUGCUGGUGCUGGUGGUGCUCAUCCCGGUGCUGGUGAGCUCGGCGGGCACCGACGGCCGCUACGAGAUGCUGGGCACCUGCCGCAUGGUGUGCGAGCCCUACGGCGGCCCGCCGCCCGCCGCCACCGGCGCCGGCCCGCUGGGCGAGCGCGGCCCGCUCCCGCCGCCCUCCACCCUGGUGCAGGGCCCCCAGGGCAAACCGGGGCGGCCGGGCAAACCGGGGCCGCCGGGGCCGCCGGGAGAACCGGGGCCGCCGGGAGCCGCGGGACCGCCGGGGGCGCGGGGCGAGCCGGGGCGCCCGGGGCCCCCCGGGUUGCCGGGCCCGGGGGCUCCGGGCGCCGUGAGCGCGGCCACCUACACCACGGUGCCCCGCGUCGCCUUCUACGCCGGCCUCAAGAACCCGCACGAGGGCUACGAGAUCCUCAAGUUCGACGACGUGGUCACCAACCUGGGCAACAGCUACGACGCCGCCUCGGGCAAGUUCACCUGCGCCAUCGCCGGCACCUACUUCUUCACCUACCACGUCCUCAUGCGCGGCGGCGACGGCACCAGCAUGUGGGCCGACCUCUGCAAGAACGGGCAGGUGCGGGCCAGCGCCAUCGCACAGGACGCCGACCAGAACUACGACUACGCCAGCAACAGCGUCAUCCUGCACCUGGACGCCGGCGACGAGGUCUUCAUCAAGCUGGACGGGGGCAAGGCCCACGGCGGCAACAACAACAAGUACAGCACCUUCUCGGGCUUCAUCAUCUACUCGGACUGAGCCCCCCGGGACCCCCACCGCGGGGGCCGGAUGGGGCAGGCGGGGGGGUUUUUGGGGAGGGGGGGGACGGGGACACCACGCUGCCCCCCUGCUGCUCCUUCCCACCUCCCCGUCCCAUGGCUGCGGACCCUGCUGAGCCCCAUAGCGCCCUGGGGUGCCCCCCCCCCGCCCCAGCCGGCGUGUAUAUAUGUACAGGACGCGCGGACGUGCCCACGGGCCCCUGCUGCCCUCCUCCCUCGUCCGGUGCCGGGGUUGUCUUGGGGGGGGGAAGGGGGGGGGGGCGCGUUCCUGCCCCAC